AUGCUGCCCACGCCCUUCUCGGUGAGGGACAUCCUCAGCCUGGAGGGGCCCGGGGGGCUCCGCGCCGCCCCCGCCCGCAGCCCCGCCGGGCAGGACGAGCCGCCCGCAGGGAAAUCUCCGCUCGGCCCGAGCCCUGAGGCCGAGGAGCGGCGCGGGGAGCCCGGCCGGGCGCGCCGGCAGCCGCGGAAGCCGCGCGUUCUGUUCUCGCAGGCUCAGGUGCUGGAGCUGGAGCGGCGCUUCCAGCGGCAGAAAUACCUGUCGGGGCCCGAGAGGGAGCAGCUGGCGCGGCUGCUGCAGCUCAGCCCCACGCAGGUGAAGAUCUGGUUCCAGAACCGGCGCUACAAGAGCAAGCGGCAGCGGCAGGAGCGGGGCCCGGCGCUGCCGCCGCGCACGGCGCCGGUGCCGCUGCUGGUGCGGGACGGCAGAGCCUGCCCGCGGGGCUGCGGGCCCUUCCCGGCUCCCUGGGCAGUUCCCGGCCCCUUUUCCUCCCGCUCCUGCUGCGGCGGCGCUGCCGGGGCGGGGUGCGGGUACCCCGCGGUGCCGCCCGGUGCCACCCCCGGCGGUGCCCAGCGCCUGCCCCCGGCUCUGCCCGCGGCUCUGCCCCCGGCUCUGCCCGCGGCUCUGCCCGCGGCUCUGCCCGCGGCAAUCAGCGCCCGGAGCCGCAGCUGA